UUAAGUAGACAACUUAACAAUUAGCCAGCGAAACCAUGACGACACCGGCCCCAGCAGCAGAGUCACCGGGAAAGUCCAGAUGGUCUCUAGCCGGAACUACAGCUUUGGUUACCGGUGGUUCACAUGGAAUCGGAUACGCUGUGGUGGAAGAGCUAGCGGCGUUAGGGGCGGUGGUGCACACCUGUUCUCGCAACGAGGCUGAACUUAACCAAGUGUUGGAACAAUGGUCUGCCAAGGGCUUCGCCGUGACUGGUUCCGUCUGCGACGUAACUUCUCGUUCCCAACGCCAACAUCUUCUUGAGGAAGUCUCGUCUCACUUUGGUGGCAACCUCCACAUUUUAGUAAACAAUGUUGGAACAUGUAUAUAUAAACCAACUACAGAGUUUACAGCUGAAGAUUAUUCUAUUAUGAUGGCUACCAACUUCGAAUCCUCUUACCACAUAUGUCAACUUUCACAUCCUCUUUUAAAGGCUUCUGGGUCUGGAAGCAUUGUGUUCAUUUCAUCAGUUGCAGGUCUGGUCAAUGCUCUCUCAGGAUCACUUUAUGGAGCUACCAAAGGUGCGAUGAAUCAGCUUACAAGGAAUCUAGCAUGUGAAUGGGCAAAUGACAACAUUCGAACAAAUUGUGUAGCACCAUGGGUCAUUAAAACCCCACUUGUCCAACCGUUAGUUGAUAACAAGGAGCUUAUGGAUGGUGUGGUAUUUAGAACUCCUUUGAAACGUCCUGGAGAACCGAAUGAAGUUUCAUCUCUAGUAGCCUUCCUUUGCCUACCUGCUGCUUCCUACAUUACUGGCCAGACGAUUGCUGUUGAUGGAGGAUUUACGGUUAAUGGUUUUUAAGUGCAACUUACCAUCUUGCUUAAUGCUUGAGGAACUUCCUUUAGUUAAUUCCUAUUAUUGUUUACAAAUUGCUUUCUUGAACACUAUGUUUUGAAAUAAA